AUGGCGGCUACAAGAUUCAAUCAACCCGAACUCCGCAGACCGACGAGUUCUCCGAGGCCGAAAGGACGUGAAAACGCGAAGGAUACCCUAUGUCGAAAUGUUCUGAUAUAUGGGCAUUGCCGUUAUGAGGAUCAAGGUUGUGCCUUUAAUCAUGAUCCUAACAAGGGACUUGGAGGAAUAAUCGAUCAGCCAAAGAAAGCACUGAACGUAGAUUCGCCUUCUUUCACACCAGCAACCAUAUCCUCAUCCAAUAAAGGAGUAUCUUCAAUAACUUCGCAAGCUGCAAAUGCAGCUCCAUUCACUCCUCGAGGACUCACGAGUGGGACUGCCACACCAAAUGCACCGCUCGACCCAGAGAUACCUCAAUUUAAUCCAACACAGAGAGACUUUACUCCACAGAACUAUGAUCUCUCUCAGACUCUACCCACCAACGGUGCCACACCUGAAGCUACAUAUGAUCCUUUCUCGAUGGGAAAUGUCUCUCAAGCGAUUCCUGCCACAUUUCAGAACCACUAUUCUGAAGACCUUGGCAUUUUAGCAGGAGCAGGUGUAGCAGGUGGAGGAACAGGUGGAACUUACUUUCAAGGACAACCAAGCUAUAAUGUCCAGCCUCUAAAUUACCACCUUUACGCCCCGAUUGGUCCACAUGCGGAUAAUUUGACGCCUUAUCAAAAAUCUAUCCAUGAUCUUUUCCUCUCCGACCGGCUUCGUGAAGACCUUCAAAGAAAGUCUGAAGCCGUUCAACAAGUAAUGCCAAAUGCCCUUCCGAACAUUGGUGUGUCACCGUAUUCAUACUAUUCUCUCGUCGCUCUAGACACAACUCAGAAUAGGAGCACCACUGUUUUUGGUUGCACAAGUUGGGUAUACAAAGCGCGUUCAGAAAAGAAUAACAAAUAUUACUGCUUGAGACGACUAGAAGGCUAUACUCUUGCUAAUGAUAAAGCCAUACGAGCCAUCAAGAAAUGGAGUGAAGUCAAUAGUGCGGGUAUAGUAUCAUUCAUUGAUGCUUUUACUACACGACAAUUCAAAGAUGGUAGUUCACUAAUCAUUGUCACAAAUUACCAUCCACUUUCAAAGACUCUUUUGGAGCAUCACUUUUCCACCACAACUACAAGCCGUUAUAGAAAUCAACUUCCUCGGAUAUCUGAAGACACUCUUUGGUCAUACAUUGUACAAAUCACAGUUGCAAUCAAGGCUGUUCAUCAGGCUAAUUUUGCUGUACGAUGUAUGCAUUUGAGUAAAGUUAUUCUUACAGACAAAAAUCGAAUUCGUCUUAAUGCAUGUCCUGUCUUUGACAUCUUACAUUACGAUCAACGUCGGGAUAUCAAGGAACUUCAAUAUGAAGAUUUACAUUUAUUCGGCAUACUUAUGUUAUCCUUAGCCACAGUCAAUGCAUCAAUUACACCUCAAACCAACCCUCAAAUUUUGCAAACCAACAUUGAUAGCCUUAGCCGAAUUUACUCUGCAGAACUUGUCGAUACAAUAACGUGGCUUCUCACAACUCCUUCUUCUCCGGAGACUAAAGAAUUACAAACUUUCAUGCGAGGGAUCUCCGGCCGUAUGGCCACUGCCUUCGAUAGCUCCCUCCAAGCGAAUGACGAAUUAACCUCCGACCUCUGUCGUGAGCUUGAGAAUGGUCGACUCGUCCGCUUAAUGGCUAAACUCGGCAAUAUUAAUGAGAGACCAGAAUAUGAAAAUAACCCUCAAUGGAGCGAAACCGGAAAUCAGUAUACUUUGAAACUCUUCAGAGAUUAUGUGUUUCAUUCGGUUGAUCCGGAAGGAAGACCAGUUACGGAUAUGGGAUGGAUUUUAAAUUGUUUGAAUAAAUUAGAUGCGGGGAGUGAUGAGAAGAUUCAAUUGACCAGUAGAGAUGGAGAAAAUUGCUUUAUUGUUAGUUUCAAGGAGCUUAAGAAACAAGUCAAUACUGCUUGGGGGGAUUUGCAGAAGCCGGGGAAGAGAUUUUAG